AUGAGUCGUCGAAUCGUCUCCGGCAGCUGUCACCCGGCGGAGUGGAAAAAUAGCAACUUUGUGGCUCUCUGGUGGCUGUCACCCGACGGAGAGGAGCUGGAUGGAGGUGGGGCGCAUGUCAGGGCGCUUCAUCCUCAGGUCCGCGCAGCAAGAGGAGGCUCUUCAUCGCAUCCAGUACUUUCUCAGGAGGUGGCGACUCAUCUCCCAGUAGAUGGUCCUCUUCCCGAUGAUGACUUGUUCGUCAAUCAAUCAGAGAUGCUUUACUCAAUGGAUUCGCGAUCCUUUUAUCGCGAAUCGUUCAGUAAUUUUAGUAACAAUACUCUACGAAUCGUGUUGACAAGAUUUUCGCCGAUGAUCUAGUAAUUUUGGUUGCUUAAUCCUUCACUGGCAAUCUGCAAGAAAGUCGUGAUAAUCAAAUAAAAAAAUAUAAACUUUGGCUCUAGGAGGAUUCGAACCCGUAUCGGUUGCCCGCCCUUUUUGGGGAAGGUGACGUGGGUUUAGUCCCACAUCGGCUGUGUGCUGAAGUUUCUGGCAAAUAUAAAGUAAUAUUACAUUCCCGAUCAAGUCCCUUUCUCAUGCGUGUACGACCACUCCUUGCCCCACAGCCGACUGGCCACCGGUGACGUGGAAGGAGAGUGGCGCACACAUGCCCCCAUCGGUUCAAGCCGCUCGAGCCCCUGCUCACGCCUCUUGCCUGAUUGUGCUUCCGACCCGCUUGCGGGCCCAGCUGGCCGGCGGGCCCCCCCAUUUUGUUAUAUUUUUAUUUUAAUUUCUUUUCCUUCAUUUAUCUCAAAAGUAAGACUGUAAAAAUUGUAUAAAAUCACAUAAUUACCCAAAAGUUUAUGUUAAUCAACUGAAAACCAUUUUUCACACUUUAACAUAAAUAUAAGUCUAUUUAUCAUGAGUUAAGGCUAAAACUAUAUUAUUUACUAAUUAUUAACUCAUGAUAAUGAAGACUUAUCAAGGGAAAAAUGAUCUUUUCUAGUAACUAAAUUUAAUUUUCUAUAAUCAAUGCAAACCCACCAACUGGUAGUUAAUCUUGUUUGUAUUUCAUCCCCAUUUUUUUUUUCUAUAACUGUGAUCCCUGAUUUUUUUGGCACCACUUUUGUUGGUAUCUGAAAUAGGAUAAAUAAUAUCAACAACCAACAACUUUAAAAUUUAUUUUUUUACAAUUUUCAUCAUGUUAGGAUUUAAUCUUCGUUGUUGUUCCCUACUAAAUCUAGCCCCCUCCUCUAGAUAUAUAUUAUGCAUGCAUACACUCAUAUCAAUGCCCCUUUGAUCAUCCAUUUUCCAGCCCAUAGCCUUCUUAUUUUUUCAAAGUACAUCUAAUAAUUCUUCUUCCUAUUCAUCACUCAAAUCAACUGCAAUAAUAACAGGAAAUGAAUUAUUUUCCUCUAAAAACAGAUAUUUUAAACAAGAAAGAAGAAGUUUCAACUCUAAAUUCAGAUGAUCAUCCUCUUUCUUUUCUCCCAAAUUUAUGUUCUCUAUUUCCUCUAAUUCUUCUAGCAUAGAGUCAUCAAUAACAUCUGGAUCAUCAAAAUUAUUUAUAAGAUCUAUGGUAUGACAAUCUUAUACUUGGGAUUUCUUAAGAUCAUUGGAUACCUAAAAAUUUUAAUUUCUACUGAUUGAUCUCCACAUGAAAUUUUCGCAAUACCUGUGGGAAAACUAAUAUUCAUCUUUGUUUUAUACAAAAUUGGUCUCCCUAGGAUGAUUGACGUAUCAUAAAACUAUCCAUUAAAAUUCAUUUCCAGCACUACAAAAUCAACUGGAAAUUUACACCCCUUUAAUUGUCACUAUCACAUUUUCUAAAAUACCUUUAGGAUGUUUUAUGGAUCUAUUAGUAAAUUAUAAGGUAACAAUAGAUGGUUUAAGAUUAGAAAUAUUAAACUUAUCACAAAUACUUGUAGGUAAUAAAUUAAUACUAGCACCGGUGUCAAGUAAAGCUUUCUAAAAAAUGGAUCCACCAAUAUCACACGAAAUUAAAGGGGCACCUGUAUCUCUCAAUUUAUAUGGUAAUUGAUUUAAUAAUAAUGCACUAGCAUGCAUAGAUAAUUUUUCUACUCUAGGUGCCCUUUUUGGUGUACACAUUUCUUUCAAAACUCUAGCAUAUUCAGGAAUAUGUUCAAUGGCAGUGAGUAAAGGAAGACUAAUUUGCACAUCUUGUAAAAUUUUCUUUAUUUCUUCAUUGUGUUCCUUUUUCUUUCUUUCUCUAGGCUCUAGAGCUUUAGGAAAUGGAAUGGUUGUCCUCUCUUUCGAAAUUUCCUUGGUAGAAUCUAUAAAAUCCUCUUCUACUCUUAUUUGAUUUUGUUUUGGGUUGUCCAUGUUUUCUUUUUCUUCUAAUGUUUGGAGAUAAGGAUUAGGUAGGAUCUUACCACUCCUUAAUGCAUUCAUUGUCCUAACAUUUACAUUUCGUGAGUUUUUUCCUAGAUUCAUGCUACUAGACUCCCCUUGCUGAAAUUUUAUUAUUGGGCGGUUCUCUGAAUUUUCUAUGGGCUGACUAGGUAGCUGUCUCUCUUCUCUCUUAUUCCUAAGGGCCUCUAUAAUUUGUUUCUACUGCAGCAUCAUUUGAUUCAUAGUUUGUUGCAUCAUUUGGCUCAUGUUUUACAUCAUUUCCAUAGUAUCAGAUUGGGUUUGAGAAGACUGAUUUUUUUGAAAUCUGUUUUCUUAUUUUAGACGAAAUUCAGAGUUUAAAUUGGGUCUAAGUGCUUCUGGAUUUUGAAUAUUAUUUGGGUCUCUCCAUGAAAAAUUAUUCCUCUAAUAGAGAUUAUAAGAAUUUGAAUAAGGUUCCCUAUUUCUAUUAAAACCAUGAGCUACUUGCACUUGUUCUUGCAUAGGGUGAAAUGAUUGAUCUAAAUUAUAAUAUUGAAAUUCGAAAUAAUCAUUUUCACCAUACAUAAGACAUAUACUAUUUUAAUUAAAUUGAGGGUUAAGAGACUUUCUAAUAUUGUCAAUAAGUAAAUCAAGUUUUUCUAAUCUUUGAUUAAUCUGAUUAACCUCAUUUCUUAAUUUAGAAUCAUCAUCAUGAUGCAAUUCAUAAAUUUCUCUCUUCUUAUCCCUGUCAUAUAAUUCAAAAGAGACUUGAUCUCUAGAAUUUUCACUUAAAUUCUCAUAAAGACUGUAAAUUUCAUCAAGAGUUUUCUCCAUAAAAGCUCCUCCACAUAUAGAAUCAACCAUAUUUCUAUGUUGUUCUAAUAAUUCAUCAUAAAAAAUUCUAUUGAGCUGUCACUUGGGUGUAGCAUGAUGAGGACACUUUAUAAAUAAAUCUUUGAAUAUUUCUCAUCUCUCAUGUAAAGUUUCUCCUGGUCUUUCAAAAAAACUCUAUAUAUAUUUUCUCAUAUUUUGAGUUUUUCUUAAGGGAUAAAUUUUUUGAAGAAAAGUCUAUUCUAUGUCUUUCCAACUAGUUAAUUCUCUAUCUAAUGUGGAUAGCCAAUGGCUAGCUUUGUCCCUAAGUGUAUGAGAAAAUAAUUUCAUCUUAAUAAUUUCUAGUGUAACUUGAGGGAGAUUAACUAAAUCACAGACAAUAUGAAAUUUUUCUAAGUGCUGAUGAGGUUCCUCUAAAGGCAAUCCAUGAAAAUUAGGGAGCAUUUGAAAACUUUCUGGAUUUAUUUCGAAUUUAACAGUGGAUGCUAAAGGGACUCUAAUAUUAGAUGUUCCUUGAAAUGAAUUAGGGAUAUAAUAAUUUUUCAUGACCAUAGGAUUGUUCUCGAUUUGACCUGUACUUCCUUCAAGAUCCAUCAAAAUUAUAUUUUCUUUCGGAUUUUUUGUUUUGAAUGAAAUAAUGAAAGGAUUUUCUAGCCUUGGAUACAAGGAUUUUCUACCAUGUAUAAAAAAUCAAUAAAUUUGAGGAAAAAUUUUAGUAAUUGUUAUACUCCUUCAGGAUGCUCCAGUCCUUGCCUUGCUUCUCUUCAUUCCUUUUAAAAUAAAAUAAAAAUUGACAAGAAGAAAAUAAAACAAGAGUUAAUUUUUUUGUGUACUCUAAGAGAAAAAUAGAAAAAUUCUAAAUAUUAUGUAAUACCUCCCUGGCAACCGCACAAAAAUUUGACAUGACUUAGUCAUUGUUUAGUAAAUCAUGCAAAUUUAAAAUUUAUAAAACUAGAAAAUAUGAAGUUUUGGAUAUUUAGAAGUAUUUCUGAACAAAUAUAUCAAUUAUAAUUCAAUAAAAUUUCCAAAAAAUAGUGGUAAUUUUUCAGGUCAAUCACACGGAUGUAAUAUAAUAUCAGGUAAUUAUUCAAACUUUUCCUCAAAGAAUACUAUUUUCUAUAAAUUUUAUACUAGGAAAUAAAAAUAAAAUAUAUUUAAAAUUCACGAAAAAGGGAAAUAAGGGUGUGGACGUCAGGAUGAGGUCUGCGCCCAGCGAACACGAAUCAAGCAGAAAUAGAGUUCUCCUCAGCAAUUCUUACGUAAGUGAUGAUUUAAUUGAUCAAAUUAAGAUUUGUAAAAGUCAGAGGAAUCAUAAUUGAAUGAAGUAUAUCUUGGUAAAUUUAAAUCAUGUAAAUUAUCAUUAAAUGAAGCAAAAACUAAGUUCAAAGCAAGAAAACAAAGUUCUGGUAUCAUGGCAGCAAUGCGUUAGUGAUGCACCGGAAUCUUGAGUGUUCGAGAAGAUCAUCGUAUAGUGUCCACGGCCUCAAAGGCUCUUCUUAGACAAGGACAACGUGAGUGAUAAGUCUUCAUUAUCAUGAGUUAAUAAUUAGUAAAUAAUGUAGUUUUAGCCUUAACUCAUGAUAAAUAGACUUAUAUUUAUGUUAAAGUGUGAGAAAUGGUUUUUAAUUGAUUAAUGUGAAUUUUUGGGUAAUUAUGUGAUUUUACACGAAUUUAUAUGAUUUUUACAGUUUUACUUUUGAGAUAAAUGAAGAAAAAGAAAUAAAAAAUAAAAAUAAGACAAAAUGAGGGGGACCCGCCGGCCAGCCAGGCCCCGCAAGCGGGUCGGAAGCUCAGUUAGGGAGUAGCCACGAGCAAGGGCUCGAGUGGCUUGGACCAAUAGGGGCACGUGUGCACCACUCCCCUUCCACGUCACCGAUGGCUAGCCGGCUGUGGGGCAAGGAGUGGUCAUACACGUGAGGGAAGGGACUUGCUAACAAAUGUAAUAUUAGUAUAUAUUCACCCAAAAAAUCGGUGCACAACUGAUGUGGGACUAAACUUGCAUCACCUUCCCUAGAAAGGGCGGGCAACCGACGCGGGUUCGAAUCCUCCUAGAGUCAAAAGUCAUAUACUUUUAUCUGAUUAUCGCGACAUACCUGCAAAUCGCCGGUGAAGGAUUAAGCAAUGAGAAUCGCUGGAUCACUGGCGAAAAUCUCGUCAACGUGAUUCACGGAGCAUUACUACUAAAAUUGUUAAACGAUUCGCGAUAAAAGGAUCACGAAUCCAUCGAGUAAAUCAUCUCCAAUUGAUCGACAAACAAGCCGUCGUCGGGAAGAGGACGAUCCGCUGAGAGACGAGUCGCCACCUCCUGAGAGCGUACCGGAUGCAAUGAAGAGCCUCCUCUUGCUGCGCAGACCUGAGGAUGAAGCUCCCUGACACGCGCCCCACCUCCAUCCAGCUCCUCUUCAUCGGGUGACAGCCACCGGAGAGCCGCAAAGUCGCCGUUUUUCCGCUCCACUGGGUGACAGCCGCCGGAGACGAUUCGACGACCCAUUUCAUUAAUCUCUAGACUUUGCAAGGAGAUCUAGAGAUUGUCCACGUUGUCUUUGUCCAAGGAGAGCCUUCAAGGCUGUGGACACUGCACGACAAUCCUCCUGAAUGCUCAAGAUUCCGGUGCAUCGCUGACGCAUUGUCGUCGCGACGCCGGAACUUUGUUUUCUUGCUUUCAACUUACUUUACGCUUCAUUUAGUGAUAAUUUUUGUGAUUUUAAUUUAUCAAAAUAUACUUUGUUCAAUUACGAUUCUUCUCACUUUUACAGAUAUUAAUUUGAUUAAUUUAAUCGUCUAUAAUCGCUUACAUUAGAAUCACCGGGCGGAAUUCUAUUUCUGUCCGAUUUACGUUCGCCGGGUGCUGACAUCAUCCUGAUGUCCGCACCCUUAUUUCCUUUUUUCGUGAAUUUUAAAUAUAUUUCCUUUUCAUUUCCUAGUAUAAAAUUCAUAGAAAAUCUUAUUCAUUGAGAAAAAUUCUGAAUACUUACCAGAUAUUAUAUUACAUUCUUGUGAUCAACCUGAAAAAUUAUUGUUAUUUUUUGGAAGUUUUAUUGAAUUAUAAUUGAUAUAUUUGUUCAGAAAUACUUCUAAAUAUCCAAAAAAUUGUAUUUUCUAGUUUUAUAAAUUUAAAAUUUACAUGAUUUACUAUACAACGACUGAGUCACGUCAAAUUUUGGCGUUGUUGCUGGGGUUGUAUUGCAUAAUAUUUAGUAUUUUUCUAUUUUUCUCUUAGAGUACACAAAAAAAAUUAACUCUUGUUUGAUUUUUUUUUUGCCGAUUUUUUUUUUAGAAAAAGGCAACGAAAAGAAGCAAGGCAAGGACUGGAGCAUACUGAAGGAGGGUAACAAUUACUAAAUUUUUCCCUCGAAAUUAUUGAUUUUUAUACAUGGUAGAAGAUCCUUACAUCCAAGGCUAAAAAAUCCUUUCAUUAUUUCAUUCAAAAAUAAAAAUCCGAAAGAAAAAUUAAUUUUGAUGGAUCCUGAAGGAAGUACAAGUCAAAUUGAGAACAAUCCUAUGGCCAUGAAAAAUUAUUAUAUCCUUGAUUCAAUUCAAAGAGCAUCCAAUAUUAGAGUCCCAUUAGCAUCCACUGUUAAAUUCGAAAUAAAUCUAAGAAUUUUUCAAAUGUUCCCUAAUUUUCAUGGAUUGCCUUUAGAGGAACCUCAUCAGUACUUAGAAAAAUUUCAUAUGAUCUGUGAUUUAGUUAAUCUCCCUCAAAUUACACCGAAAAUUAUUAAGAUGAAAUUAUUUCCUCAUACACUUAGGGACAAAGCUAGUCAUUGGCUAUCCACAUUAGAUAGAGAAUUAACUAGCUAGAAAGACAUAGAACAGGCCUUUCUUCGAAAAAUUUAUCCCUUAGAAAAAACUCAAAAUAUGAGAAAACAUAUAUAGAAUUUUUCUCAAAGACCAGGAGAAACUUUACAUGAGACAUGGAAAAGAUUCAAAGAUUUACUUAGAAAGUAUCCUCAUCAUGUUAUACCCAAGUGGCAGCUCCAUAGAAUUUUUUAUGAUGGAUUAUUAGAACAACAUAGAAAUAUAGUUGAUUCUAUAUGUGGAGGAGCUUUUAUGGAGAAAACCCCUGAUGAGAUUUACAGUCUUUAUGAGAAUUUAAGUGAAAAUUCUAGAGAUCAAGCCUCUUUUGAAUUAUAUGAUAGGGAUAAGAAGAGAGGAAUUUAUGAAUUGCAUCAUGAUGAUGAUUCUAAAUUUAGAAAUGAGGUUAAUUAGAUUAAUCAAAGAUUAGAAAAACUUCAUUUACUUAUUGACAAUAUGAGAAAGCCUCUUAACCCUCAAUUUAAUUCAAAUAGUACACAUCUUAUGUAUGGUGAAAAUGAUCAUUUCAAAUUUCAAUAUCAUCCUAGGCAAGAACAAGUGCAAGUACCCCACGAUUUUAGUAAAAAAUUGGGAAUAUUCUUCUAAUUCUUAUAAUCUUAAUUGGGGGAAUAAUUUUUCGUGGAGAAACCCAAAUAAUAUUCAAAAUCCAGAAGCACUUAGAUCCAAUUCAGACUCUGAAUUUCAUCUAAAACAAGAAAACGGAUUUCAGAAAAAUCAACCCUCUCAAACCCAACCUGAUACUAUAGAAAUGAUGCAGCAAAUGAGCCAAAUGAUGUAACAAACUAUGAGCCAAAUGAUGCAAAAAACUAUAAAUCAAAUGAUGUUGCACCAAAAACAAAUUAUAGAAGCUUUUGAGAAUAGGAGAGAAGAGGGACAACUACCUAGUCAGCCCAUAGAAAAUCCAAGGAACCGCCCAACAAUAGGAUUUCAGCAAGGGGAGUCUAGUAGCAUGAAUCUAGGAAAAAACCCACGAAAUGAAAAUGUUAGGACAGUGAAUACAUUGAGUGAGAAUAUUUUAUUUGAUCCUUAUUUCUAACUAUUAGAAGAAAUCGAUGAUCCAUUAGAAGUAAAUGAGAAUAUUAAGGCUGAAAAUAUAGUAGCAGAAAAUUUGAAUAAAAUCAUUUAUUGCUCACAAUUGAUGAAUGAAUAUUGUGAGGAUGAUGAGGAGAAAGAGCCCUUAGAUAAAGAAACAGCAGCUGAUCAUGGAAAAAUCAUCCAAAUUUUAAUAGAAGGGAGUAAGGAUAGAAAUGAAGAAAAAAUAUAUUUCAGGUGAGAAAAAAUCAGUUGAUUUGGAAGAUGUAGGAGACGAAAUUAAUAAAUCUAAUCAUAAUUUUGCAGCCAUGGAUGUUGAUAGUGAGGAUGAUGAUGUAUAUCAUAUACCGAAAUUAAAAGAUAGCUCUUGGGAAGAUGAAGAGUUUGAUGAGUUGAGAAAUGAAAAGCUAGAAAAAGAGUUGAUUCAACUAAUGGGGAGAAACGAAAAUAAUGAAUAUGAAUAUAGAGAUAAUUUUGGAGGAGAAAAUUUAAAUUUUACUGAAUUCAUUAGAUCUGAGAUUAAAGAAGACAAUCCUUCCAUCCUUCAAAACCCACAGCCCAUUAGAAUUAUUUCUAAGCUUGAAAUAUUUCACUCCUCGCAAAUUGAACAAAUAUGUAUGGAAGAUAAAAUGGAGCAGGGGAAGAUUAUGCAGAUAAAAGAGCACAUUAAGAAAUGGGUGAGUGGAAGAAUUAGAGAUAUCAAUUUAGAUGAAAAAAUUCUAGAUUGGGUAAGAGCUAAUUUAAAAAUUAUAUGACCUGAUCACACUUUAUGAUCUAUUAAUAGAAAGUAUUUAUUAAUGAAUGAUAGCCUUACAAAACAAGAUAGAAAUGAGGAAAGAUUCUUUUCAAAAUAAAAAUAUUAAUUUUGGGAAAAUUUUGAUAAUUUCCAUUUUUUUUUUGCUGAAAGUAUGUCAAGGUAUAUAUAUGAAGUAUAUAAAUUUAUGCUAAAUCUGAAAAAGAAUAUCAUGAAACUUACCUUGGGAUACAAAUAUAUUUUGAUGGCCAUAGAUCAUCUUAUAUGAUCUAAGAGCUGUCCAGUUGAAGACAUUAAAUUCAGUGCUGCAUGGGAGGCAACCCAUGGUUUUUAUUUCAUUCUGUUUGAUUUUUUUUAAGCUCUGUUUUUCUUAGAAUUUCGCAAUACUUGUUUCUGUAUUUGUUUUUUCGAAAAAGUGCAGUAGGAGUAUAAGAUGAAGUGAAAAAUUAAAAACUUGGUUGAGGUGAUGUCUUUCUGAGUUUUAUCAUUUAUGAAAAUAUUUUUAAUGCUUAACUUUACACAUAUGCAUGCUUCACUUGAAAAUUAUAUUUUCUGCAUAUUCUAUUUCGAUUUUUCUGUGUCAUUAAGGACAAUGUCAUUUUUAAGUUGGGGGGUGAAGUGUUCAUUAUUAAUUUAUGUUGUAGGAAGAUUAAGAACAUGUGUUUGCAUUUUAUUCAACUUAGAACAGCAACUAAAAAAAUAAAAAUAAAAUAAAAUUCAAAAAAACUGCAACAUCUAUUUUUUGGUUUUCUAUUAGGAACAACAGACUGUCAAAAAUAGCAGACAAAAAAAUAGCCUGAAAUUUGAAAUUCUAGAGACCCUUUUCUCACAUUUCAAUCCCCUAGACAUAUAUUACUGAAAUUCGAAAUUACAACUAUAAAGAGGAUAGUUUUGAUUUAUCUUUGACAAAUUUAUUGCUGCUAAAAAUAGAACUGAAAACAGAAAAGAGAAUUGUUAGAACUAUCUAAUUUACAAAUCUCUUACAUCAUAUUGCAUGCAUGAAAAAUUAAAUCAAUUAGAUUGAUUGAUACCAAAAGAUACUAGGAAGAUUAUUAUUGAGUCAAAAGAAUGAUCUAGUAGCAUGAAAUGUUGGAAUACUCCUUGGAUACAUGAUAGAUAACAUAGAUUUGAUUUUACAGAUUUUCACUUCAUGAUCUUGAUGGAUAGUAUUUACUUGAUGUGAAAAUUUGAUUGAUCAUUUGAGUUUAAUGGAGAUUUUUACACCCUGAUCUAUAGGACUUGUGAGAAGAAAUCACUUAUUUCAAAAAAAAAAAAAAAGAGAGAGCAAUGUGAAAAAUUUAGAAAUGAAGAGUACACAUAGAGGGUGUGAGACAUCAUUCUCAUUGUCGAAAAUCAUGCAUAGAAAAACACUUGCUGCAAAAUAAGUGGAUAAAGUGAAAGCCCUGAAAAUGAAGAGUACACAUGGAGGGUGUGAGACAUCAUUCUUAUUGUCGAAAUUUGUCUACAUGAAAAGCUACUUAUCCACUAUAUAUAAAAAAAAAGUAAAAAAGAAGGAAGAAAUAUAGUGCAAACUUCAAAAAUCAAGCCAUAGAAAAAAGGAAAUGUAGGAUCAAUAUUAUUCUUGGAUGAGUAUUGAUAAUUCGAACAUCUUGUAAAUACAUCUAUGAGUGAAGAAGUGAUAAAGAUGUAAAUAGAAGAAGUGACGUCUAGAUUGUUAUUCCAAGGAGUGUUUAAACAUUUAAGUGCCUGACAUCAUUCUUAAAUACUUGAUAUAAGAAUCCAAAGUGUCUAAAGGUGCAUCAUUUCUAAUCGUAUUUUUUUUCUGUAUUGAAAUAUGAUGUUUGAGAUUUGUAAAUUUUUAUUUUCGUAAUUCCAUUGCUAAGGAACUAGCAAUGAUUUAAGUUGGGGGCUGUGAUAAGUCUUCAUUAUCAUGAGUUAAUAAUUAGUAAAUAAUGUAAUUUUAGCUUUAACUCAUGAUAAAUAGACUUAUAUUUGUGUUAAAGUGUGGGAAAUGGUUUUCAGUUGAUUACUGUAAAUUUUUGGGUAAUUAUGUGAUUUUACACGAAUUUAUAUGAUUUUUAUAGUCUUGCUUUUGAGAUAAAUGAAGAAAAAGAAAUAGAAAAUAAAAAUAAGACAAAAUGAUGGGGACCCGCUGGCUAGCUGGGCCCACAAGCGGGUCGGAAGCUCAGUCAGGGAGUAGCCGCGAGCAGGGGCUCGAGCGGCUUGGACCAAUAGGGGCACAUGUGCACCACUCCCCUUCCACAUCACCGGUGGCCAACCGGUUGUGGGGCAAAGAGUGGUCGUACACGCGAGGGAAGGGACUUGCUAACAAAUGUAACAUUAGUAUAUAUUCGCCCAAAAAAUCGGUGCACAAUUGAUGUGGGACUAAACCUACAUUACCUUCCUUAGAAAGGGCGGGCAACCGGCGCGGAUUCGAAUCCUCCCAAAGUCAAAAGUCAUAUAUUUUUAUCUGAUUAUCACGACUUUCCUGCAAAUUGCCAGUGAAGGAUUAAGCAACGAGAAUCGCUGGAUCACUGGUGAAAAUCUCGUCAACACGAUUCGUGGAGCAUUGCUACUAAAAUUGUUGAACGAUUCGCGAUAAAAGGAUCGCAAAUCCAUCGAGUAAAUCAUCUCUGAUUGAUCGAUGAAGAAGCCAUCGUCGAGAAGAGGACGAUCCACCGAGAGACGAGUCGUCACCUCUUGAGAGCAUACUGGAUGCGAUGAAGAGCCUCCUCUUGCUGCGCAGACCUGAGGAUGAAGCUCCCUAACACGCGCCCCACCUCCAUUCAGCUCCUCUCCGUCAGGUGACAGCCGUCGGAGAGCCGCAAAGUCACCAUUUUUCCACUCCACGGGGUGACAGCCGCCGGAGACGAUUCGACAACCCAUUUCAUUAAUCUCUAGACUUCGCAAGGAGAUCUAGAGAUUGCCCACAUCAUUUUUGUCCAAGGAGAGCCUUCGAGGCUGUGGACACUGCACGACAAUCCUCCCAAAUGCUCAAGAUUCUGGUGCAUCACCGACGCAUCACCGUCGUGACGCCAGAACUCUGUUUUCUUGCUUUCAACUUACUUUACGCUUCAUUUAGUGAUAAUUUUUCUGAUUUUAAUUUACCAAAAUAUACUUUGUUCAAUUACGAUUCUUCUGGCUUUUAUAGAUCUUAAUUUAAUUCAUUAAAUCAUCUGUAAUCGCUUACGUAAGAAUCAUUGGGCGGAACUCUAUUUCCGCUCGAUUCGCGUUUGCCAGGCACUAAUGUCAUCUUGAUGUCUGCACCCUUAUUUCCCUUUUUCGUGACUUUUAAAUAUAUUUCCUUUUCAUUUCCUAGUAUAAAAUUCAUAGAAAAUCUUAUUCAUUAAGAAAAAUUCUGAAUAAUUACCAGAUAUUAUAUUACAUCCAUGUGAUCGACUUGGAAAAUUAUCGCUAUUUUUUGGAAGUUUUAUUGAAUUAUAAUUGAUAUAUUUUUUCAGAAAUACUUCUAAAUAUUCAAAAAAUUGUAUUUUCUAGUUUUGUAAAUUUAAAAUUUGCAUGAUUUACUAUACAACGACUGAGUCACGUCAGUGGGCAAUCUCUAGAUCUCGUUGCAAAGUCUAGAGAUCAAUGAAAUGGGUCGUCGAAUCAUCUUCGGCGGCUGUCACCCAGCGGAGCGAAAAAAUGAUGACUUUGCGGUUCUUUGGCAGCUGUCACCCCACGAAGAGGAGCUGGAUGGAGGUGAGGCACAUGUUAGAGAACUUCAUGCUCAGGUCCUCGCAGCAAAAGGAGUGAUAAGUCUUCAUUAUCAUGAGUUAAUAAUUAGUAGAUAAUAUAGUUUUAGCCUUAACUCAUGAUAAAUAGACUUAUAUUUGUGUUAAAGUGUGAAAAGUGGUUUUUAGUUGAUUAACAUGAAUUUUUGGGUAGUUAUGUGAUUUUAUACGAAUUUAUAUGAUUUUUACAGUCUUACUUUUGAGAUAAAUGAAGAAAAAGAAAUAAAAAUAAAAAUAAAAUAAAAUGGGUGGAACCCGCCAGCCAGCUGAGCCCACAAGCGGGUCGGAAGUGCAGUUAGGGAGUAGCCACGAGUAGGGGCUCAAGCGGCUUGGACCGAUAGGGGCACGUGUGUGCCACUCCCUUUCCACAUCAUCAGUGGUCAGCCGACUGUGGGGCAAGGAGUGGUCGUACAUGCGUAAAAAAAAGACUUGCUUGCAAAUCUAACAUUAGUAUAUAUUCGCCCGAAAUUUUGGCGCAAGCGAUGUGGGACUAAACCCGUGUCACAACUUCCUCAGAAAGGGACGGGCAACCGGGGCGGGUUCGAAUCCUCCUAGAGCCAAAACUCAUAUUUUUUUAUCUGAUUAUUGCGACUUUCCUGUAGAUCGCCAGCGAAGGAUUAAGCUGCCAAAAAUACUGGAUCAUUGGUGAAAAUAUUAUCAAUGUGAUUCGCAGAGCAUUGUUACUAAAAUUGCUGAAUAAUUCGCGAUAAAAGGAUCGCGAAUCCAUGGAGUAAAGCAUCUCCGAUUGAUUGACGAACAAGUCGUCGUUGGGAAGAGAAUGAUCUGCCGGGAGAUGAGUCACCACCUCCUAGGAGCGUACCAGAUGCGAUGAAGAGCCUCAUCUUGUUGUGUAGACUUGAGGAUGAAGCUCCUUGACAUGUGCCCCACCUCCAUCCAACUCCUCUCCGUCGGGUGACAGCCGCCAAAGAACCGCAAAGUUGUCGUUUUUCCGCUCCACCAGGUGACAGUCGUCGGAGACAAUUCAACGACUCAUUUCAUUGAUCUUUAGACUUUGCAAGGAGAUCUAGAGAUUGCCCAAUCAUCCUUGUCCAAGGAGAGCCUUCAAGGCCGUGGAGACUAUACGACGAUCCUCCCAAAUACUUAGGAUUCCAAUGCAUCGCCAACGCAUCGCCGUAGCGAUGCCGGAACUUUAUUUUCUUGCUUUCAACUUAAUUUUCACUUCAUUUAGUGAUAAUUUGUGUGAUUUAAAUUUACACCAAAAUAUAUUUCAUUCAAUUACGAUUCUUCCGGCUUUUACAGAUCUUAAUUUGAUUAAUUAAAUCGUCUAUAAUCGCUUACGUAAGAAUUGUCAGGCAGAACUCUAUUUCUACCCAAUUUGUGUUCACAAGGUGCUGACGUCAUCCUAACAUCCGCACCCUUAUUUUCCUUUAUCAUAAAUUUUAAAUAUAUUUCAUUUUUAUUUUCUAAUUUAAAAUUCAUAGAAAACAGUAUUCUUUGAGAAAAAUUCUGAAUAAUUACCUGAUAUUAUAUUACAUUCUUGUGAUCGACCUGGAAAAUUAUCGCUAUUUUUGAAAGUUUUAUUGAAUUAUAAUUGAUAUAUUUGUUCAGAAAUACUUCUAAAUAUCUAAAAAUUCGUAUUUUCUAAUUUCAAAAAUUUUAAAUUUGUGUGAUUUACUAUACAAUGACUAAGUCACAUCAAGUAGGCUCUUCAUCGCAUUCGAUACACUCUCAAGAGGUGGUGACUCGUCUCUUGACGGAUCAUCCUCUUCUCGAUGACAACUUGUUCAUCGAUCAAUCAGAGAUGCUUUACUCAAUGGAUUCGCGAUCGUUUUAUCGUGAAUCGUUCAAUAAUUUUAGUAACAAUACUCUGCAAAUCACGUUGACGAGAUUUUUGCCGAUGAUCCAGCAAUUCUGGUGGCUUAAUCCUUCACUGGCAAUCUGUAGGAAGUCACGAUAAUCAAAUAAAAAUUAUGAGUUUUGGCUCUAGGAGGAUUCAAACUCGCACCAGUUGCCCGCCCUUUCUGAGGAAUGCGUGAUGCAAGUUUAGUUCCACAUCGCUUGUGUGCCGAAGUUUUUGGCAAAUAUAUAGUAAUAUUAGAUUUACAAUCAAGUCCCUUUCUCGUGCGUGUACGACCACUUCUUGCCCCAUAGUUGACUAGCCACCGGUGACGUGGAAGGGGAGUGGGGCACACGUGCCCCUAUCAGUUCUAGCCGCUUGAGCCCCUACUCGUAGCUCCUCCCCCCCAUUUUGCUAUAGUUUUAUUUUUAUUUAUUUUUAUUUAUUUAUCUCAAAAGUAAGACUGUAAAAAUCAUAUAAAUUCGUAUAAAAUCACAUAAUUACCCAAAAAUUCACGUUAAUCAACUGAAAACCACUUUUCACACUUUAACAUAAACAUAAGUCUAUUUAUUAUGAGUUAAGGCUAAAACUAUAUUAUUUACUAAUUAUUAACUCAUGAUAAUGAAGACUUAUCAGUCCCCAUCCCCACAUGCCUCAGAGCUCUUACUAGACAACGUUCUACCUCCUCUAGUGCCCUCCCCCCUUCACACGCCACUCUAUUACGACACAACUCACUCGGCAUGCUUACACAUUCAAUGGCCAUAAAAAUUCUAUAAAUAAUCUGUAGGCUAGAUGGAAAGAAUUAAUCUAUAAGACUAUACGAUGCUCUAUAUGGGCAUAUAGGACAGCAUAUAAAACUCUCUUAGGCAUGUCACCAUAUAGAUUAUUUUUUGGUAAAGUAUGUGAUCUUCUCAUAGAACUAGAGCAUAGAACAUAUUGGGCAAUUAAAAAAUUGAAUUUAUCUAUUGAUGAUGCUAGAAAGAAAUGAUUACGUGAAUGACAUGAGUUAAAUGAGAUUUGAAAUGAGGCAUAUGAGAAUUCUAAGAUUUAUAAAGUUAAAAUGAAAGCAUGAACACAUCAUGGGUGUUCGGCUUCAAACUCUUUCUGUAAUCUCAUUGCCUCCAUCAUCUCACGGAUGACUCUCUAGCUCUCCGUGACCCUUCUUUUGCCUACUAGUCGCAAAUCAACUUAGUCAUUAUCACUUGGAUGCUCCAUAGCAUCGAGCAGAGCAUCACCGAGCCUCUCUCUCAUAUCAAGUUGACAUGCCUUCUAUGGGACAAUCUAGAGAUCAUGUACGCCAACUAGAUGUACAUCAGUCAGAGUGGUAGAAAUCAUCGAGUCUCUCCUCAACUACAAGCAAGAUAAUCUCUCUCUCUCUAGGUAUCCUACGGUCACCUACAAGCCCUCAUUCAAGAGGUGGACAUUUAUCAACCUCUCACCUCAGACCUCUUGAUGCUCUAGUGCUAUCGUCAAGAGUUCUAUGCUGAUGUGUACCUUAGCAGACUUCAUCCUUCCACUGUGUCCUAGAUCUGCAAUUCUGUUCUUUCUAGUGAUUGGGUACUCAGCCUCACUCCCAUCUUCUUUGCGGCACUUUGGGUCAUAACUAGUACGUCCUUGCCCUCUCCACCUUCCUCCACAAGUGCCGCAACUUCCCCCUCGGCUAUGGUCAUCAUCGCUCUUCAGGCUCAGGAUGAUGGCCCAUCUUCUUGCCUUGAGGGCAGUCCUCCUCCUUGUGGAAAGGGCCCCAACUCCUUCCCCUGUGUCCCUAUUGCAGCAAGUAGAACCACUAGGCCAACAAAUGUUGGAAGUAAUUCAACAAACCUACUUCCCCCCAAUCAACAAUGGCUCCUUCAGCUCUCAUCUCACUCGCUCCUUCAAACGUUCAUGCCUUGACUUUCAACAUCAACCUGACGUCUACGAAGUAUGACGUGUUUUGUCACACAUCAAUCAUAAUAGUCUUAGCAACACCUCUUCUUCCACCAACCUCACCUCAUUUUCGACUCCUUCUACAUCAAGUACACAUGCUCUCCUUACUUUCCUCUUCAUCAUUAGGGAUUAUCAACUUAGGGGCCUCCACUCAUAUGACCAGUGAUAAGUCUUCAUAUCAUGAGUUAAUAAUUAGUAAAUAAUAUAGUUUUAGCCUUAAAUCAUGAUAAAUAGACUUAUAUUUGUGUUAAAGUGUGAAAAGUGGUUUUCAAUUGAUUAACGUGAAUUUUUGGGUAAUUAUGUGAUUUUAUACGAAUUUAUAUGAUUUUUCUAAUCUUAUUUUUGAGAUAAAUGAAGAUAAAAAAAUUAAAAUAAAAAUAUAGCAAAAUGGGGGGGGACUCACCAGCCAGCUGGGCUUACAAGUGGGUCGAAAGCGUAGUCGAGGAAGAGCCGUGAGCAAGGGCUCAAGCAGUUAGGACUGAUGGGGGCACGUGUGCGCCACUCCCCUUCCACAUCACCAAUGGCCAGCCAAUUGUGGGGUAAAGAGUGGUCGUACAUGUGAGAGAAAGGGACUCAUUACUUACAAAUAUAAUAUUACUAUAUAUGCACCCAAAACUUUGACGUACAAGUGAUGUGGGACUAAACCCAUGUCAUACCUUCCCUCGAAAAGGUUUGAAGAUUUAAAUACCUAAAAUAUCUUUUAUUUAUAACAAAGAUAUAUCAUGAUGACGUCACUUGAUAAAGGCAUUAUAAUACUUAUUUCAAUCUCUCUCAUGCAAGCGGACAACUGGCACAAGUUCAAAUCUUCCUAGAGCCAAAACUCGUAUUUUUAUCUAAUUAUCAUGACUUUCCUACAGAUCGCUGGUAAAGGAUUAAGUCGCUAAAAUCACUAGAUCAUCGGCGAAAAUCUCAUCAACGCGAUUCGCGGAACAUUGUUACUAAAAUUGUUGAAUGAUUCGCGAUAAAAGGAUUGUGAAUCCAUCGAGUAAAUCAUCUCCAAUUGAUCUACGAACAAGCCGUUGUCGAGAAGAGGAUGAUUCAUCGGGAGACAAAUCAUCACCUUCUAAGAGCAUACCAGAUGUGACGAAGAGCCUCCUCUUGCUGUGUGGACGUGAAGAUGAAGCUCCCAGACACGUGCCCCACCUCUAUCCAGCUCCUCUCUGUCAUGUGACAAUUAUCAGAGAGCUGCAAAGUUGCUAUUUUUUCACUCCAUCAAGUGACAGCUACCGGAGACGAUUCGACGACCUAUUUUAUUGAUCUCUAGACUUUGCAAGAAGAUGUAAAGAUUGCCCACAUCGUACUUGUCCAAGGAGAGCCUUGGAGGCUAUAGACACUACACAACGAUCCUCCCAAAUGCUCAAGAUUUCAGUGCAUCACCGACGCAUUGCUGCCAUGACGCCGGAACUCUAUUUUCCUAUUUUUAACUUUAUUUCUGCUUUAUUUAGUGAUAAUUUGUGUGAUUUAAAUUUACCAAACUAUACUUCAUUCAAUUACGAUUCUUCUGACUUUUACAGAUCUUAAUUUGGUCAAUUAAAUUGUCUGUAAUCACUUAUGUAAAAAUCAUUAGGUAGAACUCUAUUUUCGUCCAAUUCACGUUCGUCGGGCGUUGACAUCAUCAUGACGUCCAUACCCUUGUUUCCCUUUUUCGUGAAUUUUAAAUAUAUUUCAUUUUUAUUUCCUAGUAUAUAAUUCAUAGAAAAUCAUAUUCUUUGAAGAAAAUUCUAAAAAAUUGCUCAAUCCCUAUGAUCGAUUUGGAAAAUUACCACUAUUUUUGAAAAUUUUAUUGAAUUAUAAUUGAUAUAUUUGUUCAGAAAUACUUCCAAGUAUCUAAAAAUUAGUAUUUUCUAGUUUUAUAAAUUUUAAUUUGGGUGAUUUACUAUACAACAACUAAGUUACAUCAACCGACACUUCAUCCCUUUUAUCUUCAUAUCAACCUACUCCUCAUCCCCCUAUCACCAUUGUCGUUGGUCAGACUUGUUCAAUCAAAGGCCGUGGCACUACCCUCAUCACUCCUAAUCUUCCCCUCUAGCAUGUCCUUUAUGUUCAUGACUUUACUAUGAACCUUCUCUCGAUUAGUGUCAUUACUCAUGCCCUUGGUUGUAUUGUUACCUUUUUUCUUUUUCAUUACACUUUCUAGGAUCUGCACACUAGCUAGAAAAUUAGUUUGGACCGUGAGAAUGGAUGAGGUAUCUAUGAACUUAUUUCUACUGAACCUUCUUCUAGCCUUCAAGUCCUUUUUGUUGUCUCUACCAUCACUUGUUCCCUCUUAUGGCAUUGAAGGUUACGCCAUCCCUGUUUUGAGAAACUUCAAAAAAAAUUACUGUAACUUUCUCUUAAGAAGUAUGUGUGUGAGUCAUGUCAACUAAGUAAACAUCACCGUUCCUUCUACCUCAGUUGAGAUGGUAUUCUCUCUUCUUCCUCUUCUGAUCUCAUCCAUUGUAAUGUAUGGGGUCCUACUCAUACUCCUUCCCUCUCAGGCUACUAAUAUUAGAUCGUUCUUAUUGAUGACUGACGUGACUCAAUCAUUGUAUAGUAAAUCACGCAAAUUUAAAAUUUAUAAAAUUAGAAAAUAUGAUUUUUUUGAUAUUUAGAAGUAUUUCUAAAUAAAUAUAUCAAUUAUAAUUCCAUAAAAUUUCCAAAAAUAGCGGUCAUUUUCCAGGUAGAUCAUAGGGAUGUAAUAUAAUAUUUGGUAAUUAUUCUGAAUUUUUCUCAAUGAAUACGAUUUUCUAUGAAUUUUAUACUAGGAAAUGAAAAGGAAAUAUAUUUAAAAUUCACAAAAAAAAGAAAAUAAGGGUGUGGACGUCAGGAUGACGUCAGCGCCCGGCGAACGCGAAUCGAGCGAAAAUAGAGUUCUGCCUGGCAAUUCUUACAUAAGCGAUUACAAACGAUUUAAUUAAUCAAAUUAAGAUCUGUAAAAACCAGAAGAAUCGUAGUUGAACGGAGUAUCUUUUGGUAAAUUAAAAACACAAAGAUUAUCACUAAAUGAACCGUAAAGUAAGUUGAAAGCAGGAAAACAGAGUUCUAGUGUCGUGACGGCGAUGCGUCGGUGAUGCACCAGAAUCUUGAGCGUUCGGGAGGAUCGUCGUGUAGUGUCCACAGCCUCGAAGGCUCUCCUUGGACAAAGACGACGUGGGCAAUCUCUAGAUCUUCUUGCGAAGUCUAGAGAUCAAUGAAGUGGGUCGCCGAGUCAUCUCCAGCAGCUGUCACUCGACGGAGCGGAAAAACGGGGCCCUCUCUUAUAUUACUUGUGUGAUACACUCUCAAGAGGUGAUGACUUGUCUCCCGGUGGAUCGUCCUCUUCCCAACGACAGCUUGUUCGCCGAUCAAUCGGAGAUGAUUUACUCGAUGGAUUCGCGAUCCUUUUAUCGCGAAUCCUUCAGCAAUUUUAGUAACAAUGCUCCGUGAAUCGCGUUGAUGAGAUUUUUGCCGAUGAUCUAGCAAUUCUGGUUGCUUAAUCCCUCACCGGCAAUCUGCAGGAAAGUCGCAAUAAUCAGAUAAAAAUAUGAGUUUUGGCUCUAGGAGGAUUCGAACCCACGCCGGUUGCCCCGCCUCUUCUGAGGAAGGUGACGGGUUUAGUCUCACAUCGAUUGUGCGCCGAAUUUUCGGGCGAAUAUAUAGUAAUGCUACAUUCCUAAGCAAAGUCCCUUUCUCGCACAUGUACGACCACUCCUUGCCCCACAGCCGGCUGGCCAUAGGUGACGUGGAAGGGGAGUGGCGCACACGUGCCCCCAUCAGUUCAAGCUGCUCGAGCCCCUGCUCGCGGCUACUCUCUGACUACGCUUCCGACCCGCUUGCGGUCCCGGCUGGCCGGCGGGUCCUCUCAUUUUGCAAUAUUUUUAUUUUUAUUUCUUGAUCUUCAUUUAUCUAAAAGCAAGACUAUAAAAAUCGUAUAAAAUCACAUAAUUACCCAAAAAAUCACGUUAAUCAACUAAAAACCACUUUUCACACUUUAACACAAAUAUAAGUCUAUUUAUCAUGAGUUAACGCUAAAACUAUAUUAUUUACUAAUUAUUAACUCAUGAUAAUGAAGACUUAUCACAGCCCCCAACUUAAAUCAUUGCUAGUCCCUUAGCAAUGGAAUUACGAAAAUAAAAAUUUACAAAUCUCAAACAUCAUAUUUCAAUACAAAAAAAAAUACAAUUAGAAAUGAUGCACCUUUAGACACUUUAGAUUCUUAUAUUAAAUAUUUAAGAAUGAUGUCAAGUACUUAAAUGUUUAAACACUCCUUGGAAUAACAAUCUAGACUUCACUUCUUCUAUUCACAUCUUUAUCACUUCUUCACUCAUAGAUGUAUUUACAAGAUGUUCCAAUUAUCAAUACUCAUCUAAGAAUAAUAUUGAUCCUACAUUUUCCCUUUUUCUAUGGCUUGAUUUUUGAAGUUUGCACUAUAUUUCUUCCUUUUUUUUUCUCUUUUCUUUUUUAUAUAGUGGAUAAGUAGCUUUUCUUGUAGACAAAUUUCAAAAAUAAGAAUGAUGUCUCACACCCUCCAUGUGUACUCUUUAUUUUCAGGGCUUUCACUUUAUCCACUUAUUUUGCAGCAAGUGUUUUUCUAUACACGAUUUUCGACAAUGAGAAUGAUGUCUUACACCCUCCAUGUGUAUUCUUCAUUUCUAGAUUUUUCACAUUGCUCUCUCUUUUUUUUUUCGAAAUAAGUGAUUUCUCCUCACAAGUCCUAUAGAUCAAGGUGCAAAAAUCUCCAUUAAACUCAAAUGAUCAAUCAAAUUUUCACAUCAAGUAAAUACUAUCCAUCAAGAUCAUGAAGUGAAAAUCUGUAAAAUCAAAUCCAUGUUAUCUAUCAUGUAUCCAAGGAGUAUUCCAACAUUUCAUGCUACUAGAUCAUUCUUUUGACUCAAUAAUAAUCUUCCUAGUAUCUUUUGAUAUCAAUCAAUCUAAUUGAUUUAAUUUUUGCAUGCGUGUAAUAUGAUGUAAGAAAUUUGUAAAUUAGAUAGUUCUGAAAGUUCUAUUUUCUAUUUUCAAUUCUAUUUUUAGCAACAAUAAAUUUGUCAAAAAUAAAUCAAAACUAUCCUCUUUAUAGCUGUAAUUUUGAAUUUCAGUAAUAUAUGUCUAGGGGAUUGAAAUGUGAGAAAAGGGUCUCUAGAAUUUAAAAUUUUGGGCUGUUUUUUUUGUCUACUAUUUUUGAUAGUUUGUUGUUCCUAACAAAAAACCAGAAAAUAGAUGUUACAGCUUUUUCGAAUUUUAUUUUAUUUUUAUUUUUUUAGUUGCUACUCUAAGUUGAAUAAAAUGCAAACACAUGUUCUUAAUCGUACUCCAGCAUAAAUUAAUAAUGAACACUUCACCCCCCAACUUAAAAAUGACAUUGUCCUUAAUGACACAGAAAAAUCGAAACAAUAUGCAGAAAAUAUAAUUUUCAAGUGAAGCAUGCAUAUGUGCAAAGUUAAGCAUUAAAAAUAUUUUCAUAAAUGAUAAAGCUCAAAAAGACAUCACCUCAACCUCGUUCUUAAUUUUCCACUUCAUCUUACACUCCUCCUGCACUUCUUCGAAAAAAUAAAUACAGAAAUAAGUACUGCGAAAUUCUAAGAAAAACAGAACUUAAAAAACAAUCAAACAGAAUGAAAUAAAAACCAUGGGUUGCCUCCCAUGCAGCGCUGAAUUUAAUGUCUUCAGCUAGACUCCUUGAUCUUACUCUUGAAUUUCUUUUAAUAAUAAAUUUUCUUUUUCUGCAAGGCGUUCAUGCUCUAUGUAAUGUUUAAGCUACUGUCCAUUUACCUUAAAGGUAUGAUCACUUUUAGGAUCUUUAAUCAUUAUAGCCCUGAUAAGUCUUCAUUAUCAUGAGUUAAUAAUUAGUAAAUAAUAUAGUUUUAGCCUUAACUCAUGAUAAAUAGACUUAUAUUUGUGUUAAAGUGUGAAAAGUGGUUUUCAGUUGAUUAACGUGAUUUUUUGGGUAAUUAUGUGAUUUUAUACGAUUUUUACAGUCUUACUUUUGAGAUAAAUAAAGAACAAGAAAUAAAAAUAAAAAUAUUGCAAAAUGGGGGACCCGCCGGCCAGCCGGGCCCGCAAGCGGGUCGGAAGCUCAGUCGGGGAGUGGCCGCGAGCAGGGGCUUGAGCAGCUUGGACCGAUAGGGGCACGUGUGCGCCACUCCCCUUCCACGUCAUCGGUGGCCAGCCGGCUGUGGGGCAAGGAGUGGUCGUACACGCGAAAGAAGGGACUUUGCUUACAAAGCUAACAUUACUAUAUAUUCGCCCGAAAAAUCGGCGCACAACCGAUGUGGGACUAAACCACACCUUCCUCCGAGGCAGGCAACCAGCGCGGGUUUGAAUCCUCCCAGAGUCAAAAUUCAUAUAUUUUUAUCUGAUUAUCACGACUUUCUUGCAGAUCGCCGGUGAAGGAUUAAGCAACCAGAAUCGCUAGAUCAUCGGCGAAAAUCUCGUCAACGCGAUUCGCGGAGCAUUGCUACUAAAAUUGUUGAACGAUUCGCGAUAAAAGGAUCGCAAAUCCAUCGAGUAAAUCAUCUCCGAUUGAUCAACGAACAAGCCGUCGUCGGGAAGAGGACGAUCCGCCGGGAGACGAGUCGCCACCUCCUGAGAGCGUAUCAGAUGUGAUGAAGAGCCUCCUCUUGCUGCGCAGACCUGAGGAUGAAGCUCCUUGACACGCGCCCCACCUCUAUCCAGCUCCUCUCCGUUGGGUGACAGCCGCCGAAGAGCCGCAAAGUCGCUGUUUUUCCGCUCCGCGGGGUGACAGCCGCCGGAGACGACUCGACAACCUAUUUCAGUGAUCUCUAGACUUUGCGAGAAGAUCUAGAGAUUGCCCACGUCGUCUUUGUCCAAGGAGAGCCUUCGAGGCCGUGGACACUGCACAACGAUCCUCCCGAACGCUCAGGAUCCAGUGCAUCGCCGACGCAUCGCUGUCGCGACGCCGGAACUCUGUUUUCCUGCUUUCAAACUUACUUUACGCUUCAUUUAGUGAUUAAUUUUUGUGUUUUUAAUUUACCAAAAUAUACUUUGUUUAAUUACGAUUCUUCCGGCUUUUACAAAUCUUAAUUUGAUUAAUUAAAUCGUCUAUAAUCGCUUACGAAAGAAUUACUGGGCAGAACUCUGUUUCUGCCUGAUUCACGUUCGUCGGGCGCUGAUGUCAUCCUGACGUCUGCACCCUUAUUUCCUUUUUUUUGUGAAUUUUAAAUAUAUUUCCUUUUUAUUUCCUAGUAUAAAAUUCAUAGAAAAUCGUAUUCAUUGAGAAAAAUUCUGAAUAAUUACCAGAUGUUAUAUUACAUCCAUGUGAUCGACUUGGAAAAUUACCACUAUUUUUGGAAGUUUUAUUAAAUUAUAAUUGAUAUAUUUAUUCAGAAAUACUUCUAAAUAUCUGAAAAUUCGUAUUUUCUAGUUUUAUAAAUUUUAUAUUCGCGUGAUUUAAUAUACAACGACUGAGUCACGUCAAGCCCCAUGAUCAUAUGUCUCUUCCACCACAUAAGGCCCUUUCCAUUUUGAUUUUAAUUUUCCUGAGAAUAAUUUCAGCCUAGAAUCAUAUAACCACACUUUUUGUCCAACAUCAAAUUUUUUUUUGCUAAUGUAUUUAUCAUGAAAAGUUUUAGUUUUUUCUUUAUAUAUUCUAUGAUUUUCAUAAGCUUCAUUCCUCAACUCCUCUAGUUCACGUAGUUGAAAAAUUCUAUACCUACCAGUUGAUUUUUCAUCCAUACAUAAAUUUUUUAUAGCCCAUAAUGCUUUAUGCUCUAUUUCCACAAGAAGAUGACAUGGCUUUCCAAAAAUGAGACGAAAUGGGGACAUUGACGUGACUCAGUCGUUUUCUAUUAAAUCACGCAAAUCUAAAAUUUAUAAAACUAGAAAAUACGAAUUUUUGGAUAUUUAGAAGUAUUUCUAAAUAAAUAUAUCAAUUAUAAUUCAAUAAAAGUUCCAAAAAUAGCAAUUUUUCCAGGUCGAUCACAGGGAUGUAAUAUAAUAUCUGGUAAUUAUUCAGAAUUUUUCUCAAUGAAUAUGAUUUUCUAUAAAUUUUAUACUAGGAAAUAAAAAGGAAAUAUAUUUAAAAUUCACGAAAAAGGGAAAUAAGGGCGCGGACGUCAGGAUGACGUCAGCGCCCGGCGAACGCGAAUCGGGCGGAAACAGAGUUCCGCCCGGCGAUUCUUACGUAAGUGAUUACAGACGAUUUAAUUAAUCAAAUUAAGAUCUGUAAAAGCCGGAAGAAUCGUAAUAGAACAAAGUAUAUUUUGGUAAAUUAAAAUCACAAAGAAAUAUCACUAAAUGAAGUGUAAAGUAAGUUUAAAAGUAGGAAAACAGAGUUCUGGCAUCGCGACGGCGAUGCGUCGGCGAUGCACCAGAAUCCUGAGCGUUCGGGAGGUUCGUCGUAUAGUGUCCAUGGCCUCGAAGGCUCUCCUUGGGCAAAGACGACAUGGGCAAUCUCUAGAUCUUCUCGCGAAGUCUAGAAAUUAAUGAAAUGGGUCGCCGAGUCGUCUCCGGCGGCUGUCACCCGGCGGAGCGGAAAAACGGCGACUUUGCGGCUCUCCGGCGACUGUCACCCGACGGAGAGGAGCUGGAUGGAGGUGGGGCGCGUGUUAGGGAGCUUCAUCCUCAGGUCCGCGCAGCAAGAGGAGGCUCUUCAUCGCAUCUGGUACGCUCUCAGGAGGUGGCGACUGGUCUCCCGGCGGAUCGUCCUCUUCCCGACGACGGCUUGUUCGUCGAUCAAUCGGAGAUGA